CUUACAUUAUAGGGAUCAACGAAUUACACACAGACGCUGAUAACAAGUGGAUGGUAACAGUGCAGCAUUAGGUGAUAAAAAUGGCAGAGAUGGAGGUAGAGAAAGCGGAUCCUGUCAAAGUCCUGUCAGAAAAUAUAUCUUGUCGGAAUCGGCAAAUCAAAACUCUAAUAUCACUCAUAGGACAGCCUCAGCAGGUUGCUCCUCCUGCUCUGUUUCUGUACGGACAUACAGGUACGGGGAAGUCCCUUGUCAUCAACUCAUUAUUUCAGACACUACAGCUACCCCAUGUCAUUGUGAACUGUGUGGAGUGUUACAAUCAGAGGUUUAUGUACGAGAAGAUCCUCAACAAGCUACAGGGUUUACGAUCAUACAUGGCUGACCCUGAUUCCUAUCUCAAGUGUGACAACAUGAAUGAUUUCAUACGGACAUUCCAGCAAGUGUGUGAGGAUAAAGGUCUUAAUAAACAAACUGUUUAUAUUGUGCUAGAUAAAGCAGAGUGCUUGAGAGAUAAGGAGAUCAACAUAAUACCAUCAUUUCUCAGACUUCAAGAACUGACAUGUCGAAAUGUGUGUGUGAUAUUGAUGACAGAGAUAGUUUGGGAGAAAUUUCGUACAGGGACUGGUUACUGUGAGCCCUAUAUAAUCAACUUUCCUGACUACACAAAAGAUGAGGUACUGACUAUUCUGACAGAAGACCGACCCAAGGAUUGUGAGGCAGACUUCUAUUCUAUGUACCUUAAUCUUCUUUUAAGUGUGUUCCACAUGGUAUGUCGAGACCUCAGGGAGAUACGAUACUUAGCUUCGCUGAACUAUGACCAGUACUGUCAGCCGAUUAAAACUGGAGAAGCUGUAGCUUCAGAUACAAGAAAACUGUGGAAGAAUAUAGAACCACAUCUGAAAAAGGCAUUACAGACUGUUUACCUGAGGGAGGUAUCGAGCUCUCAGUGGGAAAAAGCACAGCAGGAAACUGAAGUAGGACAGAUACCAUCUUUACAAGGUUUGUCCUCCAGAAACCAUGUAGAACUUCCAUACUACUCCAAAUAUCUGUUGAUAGCUGCCUACCUUGCUUCCUAUAAUCCUGCUAAGACAGAUCGCAGGUUUUUUGCCAGGCACUCUGGCAAGAUUGACAAACGGGCCAAAUUGAUCAAGAAACAUGAAAGAACUAGUAACCAUAUGCUGGGCCCCAAACAGUUUUCCAUAGACAGACUGAUGGCCAUAUUCUUCUCCAUAGUGGAGGGAAGAGUGUCACCUACUGCCAAUAUAUUUGUACAGAUUUCCUCACUGGUCAGUCUAAAUAUGCUCGGACAGGUGGCUGGAGAUGACCAGAUAGAUACACCUAAAUACAAAUGUCUAGUGUCCUUGGAAUUCAUUAAAUCAGUGUCAAGAACUGUUGGAUUUGAUGUCCUGAGAUAUUUAUAUGACUUUGUGUAGAGGUGUGUGUGGCAUCACUAUGUCUGAACACCAGGUGGCACUUCUCCGAUUGGUUACAGGCUAGCCACAGGAUUGUAACUUUGGACCUUUUCACCAAUCAAAAGCUGGAGGGAUAAACAAGGAAAAAACGGUGCUGAUAUAAGUAAACCAUAUGAUAUUGACAUGCACAGAUUCUCUUAUAUGUUUACAGUAUGUCUGUAAAUGUGUGCCAGUAAUAUUUAUCAAGACAUAAAUGACAUACUUAACAAAUACAAAUUCAUAUGAUACUACAUAAAACUGUUUGUUGCAGGUGGAAAUUACUGAUCUUUCCUUAUUUAUAUUGACAAAUAGAAAUGAAAUAUGCACCAGAAAGAUUAAACCUUGAUAAGUUAUUGAAUUUUCUGUUCUUUUCCUGAAUAUGUUUACCUUGAUAACAAGGAUCACCAGAAUAAAAUGGACAUUUACAU